UGGACUCUCUUGAUGUCAGCUGACCGAGGAUAGAUAGCAAUACAAUUCACAAAGAGGAACUUUUUAUAGCUCACUGCACAGAGUUUGGGGCCCUGAUGAGCAUGGCUCUUACUCAAGACCCGUUUUCCUUCAGCAAGAAUUUGGCCAGCUUUAAAUCAGUUUUACUUUCCAGUUUCAUUUUCAUUUUUGUCAAGCCCAUUGCUGGAAAACAAGGAAAAGGCACCAGCUGAUGCUUUCAUAUAUAGGUCUCUUCACAAUUCUUUGAAGCAGCAGAGGAAGGCUUCUGAAGAGCACAGCAGCCUGAACCUCAGCCUCAGAGAAAUCUGGGAAGUGCACAGCCAUCAUGAGUGAGAUUACCAAAAAUUCCUUGGAGAGCAGCCUACGGCAACUAAAAUGUCAUUUCACCUGGAAUUUGAUAGAGAGAGAAAAUUCCGUGGAUGAUUUUGAAGACAGAGUGUGUAAUCAGAUUGAGUUUCAGAACAGUGAAUUCAAAGCUACAACAUACAACAUAUUGGCCUACAUAAAACACCUCAGAGGCCAAAAUAAGGCAGCACUGGAAUACUUACAGCAAGCUGAAGAGUUAAUCCAGCUAGAGCACACUGACCAAGCAGAAAUCAGAAGUCUAGUCACCUGGGGAAACUAUGCCUGGGUCUACUAUCACAUGGACAGACUCUCUGAAGCUCACAGUUACCUAGACAAGGUGAAACAAGUCUGCCAGAAGUUUUCCAGUCCCUAUAGAAUUAAUAAUAGUCCUGAGAUAGACUGUGAGGAAGGGUGGACACGGUUAAAGUGUGGAGGAAAGUUUAAUGAAAGGGCUAAGGUGUGUUUUGAGAAGGCUCUGGAAAAAAAACCAAAGAACCCAGAAUUCAGCAGUGGUCUGGCAAUUGCGAGCUACCGUCUGGAUAAGUGGCCACCUAAUCAGAACCCCAUUAACCCCCUGAGACAAGCCAUCAGACUGAAUCCUGACAACCAAUAUGUUAAAGUCCUCCUGGCUCUGAAACUUCAAGAGCUGAAUGAAGAAGGUGAAGGGGAAAAUAUAGUUGAAGAAGCCUUGGAGAAAGCCCCACAUGCAACAGAUGUACUUCGCAGUGCGGCAAAAUUUUAUCGAAAGAAGGGUGCCCUGGACAAAGCUAUAGAAAUGCUUGGAAAGACUUUAGAAUGCAUGCCAAACAAUGCCUACCUGCAUUACUACACUGGAUGCUGCUAUAGGGCAAAAGUCCUCCAAAUACAGUGUGAAAGGUAUGAAAAUAAAGAUAAGUUACCAGAACUAAUAGAACAAGGCGUGGAUCAUUUAAAGCAAGCAGACGAGCUCAAUAUGAAUCUCUCCAAUGUCUGCUCCUAUCUUGCCUGCCUCUAUGCUCACGCAAAUCAGUAUGAAGAAGCAGAUCAUUACUUUCAAAAAGAAUUCAGCAAAGAGCUUAAUCCUGUAUUGAAACAGCGGCUCCACCUGCGAUAUGGCAACUUUCAGCUGUAUCAAAUGAGGUGUGAAGAAAAGGCCAUCCACCAUUUUAUGGAAGGCGUGAAAAUAAACCAGGGAACAAAGGAGAAAGAAAAGAUGAAAAACAAACUGCAAAGAAUUGCUAAAAUGCGGCUUUCUCAAAAUGAAGCUGAUUCUGAGGCUUUGCGUAUCUUGAGGGUCCUUGAUGAGCUGAAUGGAGAAAUGCAGCAAGCAGUUGAAGACUCUAAGAGAUGUUUGGGCUCUGCCAGCCUCCUCCCUUCAGCAUCUAUAGCUGAGAUAGGGGAUGGGGAAUAGGGAUAUGGUACUCAUAGAGAUGCUGUUGAAAGGAGGCCAAAACCCCUCCACCAGGGGCAUAUUCAAAUAUUUAACAUGGACUAAGCAGACACUGGCCACAGUACUGGAUCAGGGUUAUGGAGAACUCCUGCUGUGCCAGGUAUUAACCCUGGAAUUGCUUGAUCAUGUGGAGGUCCAGGGGGUUCUAAGGGAGGAACCAGAUUGGAGGGUAAGUCCAGAGUCUUGCAAAAGGGGCUAUUUCCCAACUGAACUCAUGGGCACAGUUUGUUCUAUGACAUUCCCUUUGUUACAUACCCUAAGCGGUGUGAUGCCUUGGGUUUGUUAUGUUAAUAUAAAGCAGCCAGAUCCCUCAAAUCUAUAACUUUGUGGUCCAUUUUUGCAAUGCUUUUCCAUCCUUGCAGUUGUUUUAGAUCCUGUGCAAGUGGGUUGGAUGUACUGUGUCCAUCAAAAGACUGGAGGACCAAAGCCUGGAGAGGGCUCACUGUUCACCUCUUUCCCCCUCCUCCCAGCCAAUCUUCAAUCUAAAGUGUCCUGCACAACAUAAGUGCAAUUGUCCUAUCAACUGAGGUGGCAGCAUAGUUGGAGAAAAAGAGAGUAGAGAGCAAAUCAAAUCUAGAAGGGACAUUUCUAGAACUAAUGGAGUGAGGCAAUCACAAUAUGCGUCUUUCAGGUGGUAUAUGGGGAGAUAUCACCUCCACUCUGCCCUACCUGUAAUACAGCAUGUGAAGAAUUAAAGGGGAUUCUGUACAAUACUCUAGAAACCAAAAUAAUACAUUUCUUAAAAACUUGUGUGGAAACAGCAUGCCACCGGGGUCCUCGUGGAAACAGUAGGGGUAGGAAAAGAGUAAGCAAAAGUCAGAAAGAAAGAGAAAGGGAUGCUAUUUUGUCAUUGUAGAUCAUAAUCAUAUGAAGAAAUUUUUACUUUCUCAGCCAUUAUUAGGAAAAUUUAUUUGUAGGAUGAGACUUGCAUUGAUGAGUCCAGGUUUGAGAUGAUAGGUGAAGCAUCAGAAUAGGGAAUAACUUAGUACUGAGGGGACUAGUGAAAGGACUUGGGAAAUGACAUUGAUAAUGGAGUGGUUUUCUUCCCCCCUCAUUAGAAAUGUUGUAUGUUGGAUGAUAUAGACACUUCUUGUAACUCUGAAAAUCUUCACAAAAUUCAUGUUAUGCUUGGUGCAAUUGAGGUUGUCUAGGUAGACACCGAAUGGGCCUAGACUCACAUCAAGGUUGGCCUCAACCAAAAGAAAGUCAGUUGACCCAGCAUGACAGCAUCAGCCACCCUCUCAGUUGCAAAAUGUUUGCCUGUUGGAAUUAGUUUAAAUUUAAAAGUAUAUUAACAGCUUUUUUUUUCAUUAAGCCACUAAAAGAUUAUAUAAAAUUCAAGAUUUUUUAUUAAUCAAAAAUUCCAACGACUAUAACAAUAGGCUUCCAUGAUAUUUUCUGUAUUAAAAAUAUGGUUAUAUGUACUUGAUAUCAGUGUGCACAGUUUGGAAUCUUGAAGAAAAUCAUAGUUUUAAUAAAAUAAAUGUGAUGAAGCAUAAACAGGUGUUCUGGCUUAUUUGAAAUUUUGUUGUACCUUAAGUCUUUCAGACUCAGCUAAUGAUAAAUGUGAUGUUACACUGGAAAUGAAUUAGCUCUGAAUUGCCCAGACUGGUCAAACACCAAAACU